AUGCUUUGUUCGCUGUCGUUCUCGCUGUGGUCGGUCGCCAUUUUCUUGUUGGCGGCGGGCCUAGUCAGAUACCGACGGCUGUCCUCAAUACCUGGGCCUCUCCUCGCAUCCGUCACAGACCUGUGGAGGUUUUCUGUUACGCAAUCUGGAGGAUUUUCACAGACGCUCAAAGAACUCCACGACAAAUAUGGGCCAUUGGUACGCAUUGGUCCCAAUACCGUGAGCGUCGCCGACCCUGCCGCGGUCCCUGUGAUCCAUUCCAUGCACGGAGAGUUCAAAAAGCCGGCCGCGUCUGUGGAUAAGGCCGAGUCUUAUAAAACACUGAGAGCGCUUGUGAACGGCAAAAUCUUCGGCACCGUAAUCGACAUCCUGGACGAGAACGAAGUGUCGACCCUCAAGCGCGCCGUGGGAAGCGCAUUCGCCACCAAGAAUUUGCUGGACUAUGAGCCCGACGUCGACCACACGGUCGAAACCCUCAUCCAGAUCAUCCGCAAGACCCGGACGGUGCCACUUUUCGACCUCAUGCAGCAGUUCCAAGUCGACUUCUUGAUGAAGGCGGCCUUCAGCAAACACACGGACUAUCUGACCAGUGGACGGCCAACCGCGCCGGUCUCGGCCUAUGCGCGACUGGUCCACUGGGGCCGCUGGCAGAGCAUGCCCGCCCUAGAGAAACUGCUCUUCAAGUCUCCGCUCUGUGCGGCAUGGUACGGCGCGUCGGGAGGGAAACCCCAGGCAUGGACGGCCAUGGCCCUUGAAGAGUUCAACAAGCGACAGAACAAGACGGCCGAGGGCUACGUCAGUGAUGACGGCUGUGAUGACAGGCCCGAUCUCAUGGCCAAAUACCUCACGGGACGAAACCGGCACAAGGACAGCGUCUCGGACGAGAGCAUCCUGCGGAUGAUCUCGAGCACCAUCGCCGCUGGGUUCGACACGUCGGCCUACACCAUGACGACCAUCCUCUACAACCUCCUCAAGAGCCCCGUGGCGAUGCAGAAGCUGCGGACCGAGAUCGACGAGGCGCUCGACGCAGGACGCCUUUCCGCCGCCCCGCAGCCCAGAUUCGUCGAGACGGACCGGCUUGACUAUCUCGGCGCCGUCAUCAAGGAGACCAUGCGUCUGCAGCCGUUUGUCCGCGUUCUGCUGGAGCGACAGGUGCCUCCCGAGGGCGCCGAGAUCGCCAGCACGUUCCUCCCCGGCGGCACGACAGUGGGCGUGUCCGUGUGGAACGCGCAUUUCAAUCCCGCUGUCUUCGGCAAGGACGCCGACGAAUUCAGACCCGACCGCUGGCUAGAGGCCGAUCACCACCGCCGGCUCGUGAUGGAGAGGUCGGUGCUGGGCUUUGGGGCCGGCAAGCGCGUCUGCAUCGGCAGACACAUUGCAGAGCUGGAGAUGAAGAAGGUGAUUCCGAGAAUGCUGCUCGAGUUCAACGUGAGUGAUCCCUCCGAUCCUGCACGAUGGAGAAGACCACGUUGA